AUGACAUGGAUACAUAUUUUAAAAAUAAAUAUAUAAAAAUCUUUAUAAUGUUUGUUUAAUAAGUGAAUGAGUUUCAUAUUUUGUCGGAAUCAUUAUAUGUUUUGCCUAGAUUUUAUAAGAAAUGUAUACAUUGAUACAAAUAAUAUAUUAAAAUGGUAGUAUUUCAAUGGCGGUUUCAAUGGAGAGGACUCUACGGUAGAAUAAAGGACUAUAUAACAUGGAAAAUUUCCCAAGUUGUGUUGACUUUUUACACUCUCACAUUCAACACACACGUGGACCAGAAUUAUAUAAUUGAUUGUCUAUUGGAACCAAUUUUUUGGUUUGUCGAUAACUUUGCUGGUAACUUAGGAAAGGUUUUUGUAUUCUGUGUAACUGUUUUAACAACAGCUGUAGUAACUAUUGCUUACUGGGUUGGAUUGCCAUAUUGGUGGCAAAAAAAUGAGUAUAUAACAGUAUUUUUGGUGGUUUUCGGCAACUGGCUACUACUGAAUAUUGUAUUUCAUUACUACAUGGGUGUUUCAACUCCUCCAGGAUAUCCUCCUCACGGUUCAAUGAUAUCAGAAGCUGCAAGUAUUUGCAAGAAAUGUAUUUCUCCAAAGCCACCCCGCACUCAUCAUUGCUCAGUAUGUGAUAGAUGUGUCCUGGCAAUGGACCAUCAUUGUCCCUGGUUAAACAACUGUGUGGGUUAUUUCAAUGUGCGUUACUUUUACCUCUACAUGGCUUACAUGGUGGCUGGAGUCGCUUUUGUCAUAAUCGCUGGUUUGGAUUUGGGCUAUCAAGUUCUUUGGGUUAAUGACACAGGUGGGUUAACACAGGAACAUGAUCCAGAUCUUAUAGGGCAUCCAGUUCGAAUGAACCAAAGUGGUGUCCUUGUACCAGUUCAAGUUAUCGCAGAGUAUGAUUCAGAGAAUUCACCUCGAGAGCAUCAUCUUCCUACGCCUGUCAUUACUGAGGCGCAGCGAAUAACUGCUCAUCCAUGGAAAAGAAAAGCUGUUGUUUUCAUGGCAGUUACAUGUUUAUCAGUACUCUUCGCUCUCGGAACAUUAAUCAUAAUGCAUGGAAAAAAUAUUAGUAAGGGUGAAACAAGUGUGGAGGCUCAUAUUAAUGCGUCACUCAGAAAACUUGAUAAAAACCAAUUUAGGAAUCCAUAUAACUUUGGGAGAAAGAAAAAUUGGAAAUUAUUCCUUGGUUUGACCCAAGGGAGGACAUUUUUCAGGAAUGUUUUAUUUCCAUCGAGGCAUCCGCCAUCGGGUAAUGGACUGACAUGGCACACGAUUCACAACGCAAUUGAAGAUUGGCCGUAAAUAUUUAUAAUAGUUAUAAUACUCUUCACAUAAUUCCAAAAUAGUGUGACAUCUUAGUACUUUGUGUGUACUUAAGAUUGAAAGAAAUGAUAUUAAUAUUUAAGAUUAAAAUAAAAUGCGAGAUAUACACUAAAAGCAAUAUAAGAUUUUAUGCGCUCAUAUUUUUUUUUUUUUUGUAGUCAUGUAGUUGAAAUUUGUAUGUUGUAGUUAAGAUAAUUGGAAAUAAAUAUAUAUAAGUAUACUUACCAUAAAAAAUAUGAUUGUGCCUUUUUUGUAAAUCUUUUUUUAUCCUAUUAUGUCAAAGUUCCAAGUUUAAUUAUUUCGAUCUGUCAAUAUCAUUCCAACAAAAAUAUUUGUAUUUAUCAUUUUGCUUUUAAUAUUUUGUUUUACUUCUUACGAUUUAUAUGAAAUAUGUUGUUUAUAUGUUAAUUAAAGAAAUCAACCGUCUUAAGUAAUCAACUUAACAUUAAAUUAUUAUAUAUUAUUAUAUUAUAACUUUACAUUAAUUUAAAGUCAGUGUCACUGGGGAUGAUGAAUUUUAUUCAAGCAUUUAAAAGUUCGUGAACCUUGAAAAUGUUAGUAUUUUUUGGGCAGUCGAAUAAUAAGUAUUAGAUUAUGCUAACUACCUGGAGAGUGUAUGUAUUUCCAAAGCCCUGUUCUCGAACAUAAACUACGUAAAUCAGAUUUAGAUGCGUCAUUAUAUCAUUAAUUGCAGAAUAUGAAAAGUGAACGCUGUAUCGGCAUCUUUAUUUGAAUCACGUCAUCAACUCGAACCGUGACUCCGUGACUUCCAUGGCGUUUUCGUCAUCUACGCGGUGUUAAUGAUAUAG